AUAUACCUCUCUUCCUCUUCUCCUCCGGCUCCUCCUCACCCAUUCCUUCGCGAUUCCAUCCAAUUCCGGCGCCGGAGUAUCGCCGCCCGCCGGCUCAGAUCGACCUCUGCUCGGGAUGCUAGCAAACUCCAGCUUGAGUUGGCUGGCUCGCUGGAGCUCGGCUCAUUGACAGCUCCCCUCCCUCCCCACCGCCGCCGCCCCCCCCCCCCCCCCCCCCCCAAGGCUCGGCCUCAGCCUCAUCUCUGUUUCUUCCCCCCCUUCCCCUUCUCUCUGACUCUCUCCGCCCUAGUUCUUCCUUCCCUGGCGUCGACGACUGGGCGAGCGGCGGCGCCAUUCGUCACGUCUUCGCCCAGCCCUUUGCCGGCGACGAGCAUCCACCAGCGAAGCGCUCCGCUCCCACGGACAACUUGAGCUCAAGCGGAUGAGCAUGUGUGAGAAAGAUCAGAAUUUGCCCUGGGGAUACGACCUUUUUCGCGAUCCUUUUGCUCCUCCUGCCGGGUACUAUGGACCUCCUCCCGGUUACUGUGAUGGUAACUGUUGUCACCUCCAUUAUGCACAACCAGAUGAGACUCAGUUGCAUUCCUCUCAACUCACAUAUGAUUUGUACAACCCAUCAGUAGGCAUCUACCUUCCCGGUAGUGCUGAUGAUCAUGAGCACGAUACAGUAUACAUAGAACCGUCUAGUUCCUCUCCAGGCCCCGGCAGCGACGGUUAUUUUGAGAUGGAGGAGGAAGUAGGGAAGAGGUUUUACCCCAUGGUCCCAGUCCCCCAUGUCCCUAAAAUUAAUGGAGAAAUUCCAUCAGUCGAUGAAGCCACUAUGGACCAUGAAAGGCUGACAGAAAGGUUGAAGUUGUAUGAGCUGGUUGAACACAAGGUGAAAGGAGAUGGCAACUGUCAGUUCCGAGCACUGUCAGAUCAACUUUACCAAACUCCAGAUCACCACGAGUUUGUGAGAGAGCAGAUAAUUAGCCAGCUUAAAACUAACCGUGACGCCUAUGAUGGAUACGUUCCCAUGGCAUAUGAUGAUUACUUGGAGAAAGUUGCACGAAAUGGUGAAUGGGGUGACCACGUGACGUUACAGGCUGCUGCUGACAAGUAUGGAGUAAAAAUUUUUGUGAUGACGUCGUUCAAGGAUACCUGCUACAUCGAGAUCCAGCCUAAGGUUCAGAAAUCCAACAAAGUGGUACUGUUGAGCUUCUGGGCGGAGGUGCACUACAACUCCAUAUACCCCCAGAAUGAUGCACCGAGGUCGCAGACAACAAAGAGGAGGAGAUGGUGGCCGUUCUCGCAGCACCACCACCAUUGAUGGCGGAUGGCAGAGGGCUCUCAUCCCCAUCAUCUUCAUCUCUCCGGGACUGGGAUGGAUGCCGGCACGGUGGAGCUCGUCAUCAUUGAGGAUCAGGUGGUGGUCCUGGGAGCUAUGGAGGGGCCGUCGUCCAAAUGAUACAAAGAGCGGCAUUAUGAUUAAUAUCAUAUCCAGAGCAGAGCAGACCAGACCCGAUAUAGAUACAUGGGAUGGGAUGAAAUAAGCAUGAGAUGAGGACUGUCCUCUGGUACAUAGUUGGAGUGGAGGCCAGUGAAUGCCAACUAAACUCUUGUAUUAUUGUUUGUAUCUACAAAUUUUGCCGGAAUGAGGCUAGAAUUACUGGGAAACGAUUAUGAUAAUAAUUAUGGUGAUAAUAAAAUGGGCAAGAAUUGAGAUGACCCA